GAUGGCGGCGCCGCGCGGGCCGGAAGGGCGCGCGGGAGCCCCGCCCUCGGGGGCGGGAUCCCGGGCGGGGGGCGGGGCCUGCGGCCGCGGGAACCCCAAACCCGCCCCUUUCCCCGCCCCUCCGUUUCUCGCCAUGGCCCCUGCACUGCUCCUGGUCCCUGCUGCCCUCGCCUCUUUCAUCCUGGCCUUUGGCACCGGAGUGGAGUUCGUGCGCUUUACCUCCCUACGGCCACUUCUCGGAGGGAUCCCGGAGUCUGGUGGCCCCGUCGCCCGCCAGGGAUGGAUGGCUGCCCUGCAGGACCGCAGCAUCCUUGCCGCUCUGGCUUGGGAUCUAGGGCUCCUGCUACUAUUUGUUGGGCAGCACAGCCUCAUGGCAACUGAGACCGUGAAGGCGUGGACAUCUCGGUACUUUGGGGUCCUUCAGAGGUCACUGUAUGUGGCUUGCACUGCCCUAGCCUUGCAGCUGGUGAUGCGGUGCUGGGAGCCUGUACCCAGAGGCCCCGUGUUGUGGGAGGCUCAGGCUGAGCCAUGGGCCACCUGGGUGCCCCUCCUGUGCUUUGUGCUCCACGUCAUUUCCUGGCUCCUCAUCUUCAGCAUCCUUCUCGUCUUUGACUACGCUGAGCUCAUGGGCCUCAAACAGGUGUACUACCAUGUGCUGGGGCUGGGUGAGCCUCUGGCCUUGAAGUCUCCCCGGGCUCUGAGACUCUUCUCCCACCUGCGCCACCCAGUGUGUGUGGAGCUGCUGACGGUGCUGUGGGUGGUGCCCACCCUGGGCACUGACCGACUCCUCCUUGCUCUCCUCCUUACCCUCUACCUGGGCCUGGCUCACGGACUCGACCAGCAAGACCUGCGCUACCUCCGCGCUCAGCUACAAAGAAAACUUCACCUGCUCUCCCGGCCCCAGGAUGGGGAGGCAGAAUGAGAAGCCAACUCUGGUUCCAAGUCCUGUACUUCCUCUCCCCCUCGAAUUCUAAAUCCUUUUACAUCCAGGCCCUGGCUGCUUCAGACCAGGGGCUCAAAGCCACGACUGAAGGAGCUGCCCUUUCCUGAGACUUCAUUUCGUGGGUCCACCUCCAUACCCUAAAUUCUGAGUUUCAGUCACUGGACUCCCAGGUCUACUUUACACCCCCCAGGAAGAGGGGGCGUGGCACUUAUCUGUACCCUCCCAGUUUAGGGCAUGACACCCCAGCCAACAGCCUCCUCACAAGGAAAGAUUCUACCCUGACUACUUCCUGGGCACUGUUACUCGCCCCUGCACCUCAGGGAUCCCCUUCUCCACGUCUCACUUCCACUCCAAGAGGCUGGACCAGGGCCUGCAAGUUUGACGGCAGUGGCCGCGCGUCCAGGCCCCGAGCCUGGCCGCUCCACUCCCCGCCCCGGUCUCACCACCUCCCUAGGCCCCGCCCCUGGGCUCGGUCCCCCGAACCUAGCGGAGGGGAUUCUUCCGCUGUUGACUGGGUGACUUCGGGCUCCCUGCACUACCGAGAAACGCGCUGCAGGAAAAUAAAACUCAGCCUGGUUUUCCUA